UGCUCUUCCUCGGUUCGUCUUCCGCCAUGGUUUCAGCCAUUUUACAAUGACACAUUUGAUAAUCAGUUGUAUGUAUAUGAUGCCGUAGCAAAGUUCGAUGCAGCCACGUCACAGACAAAGUAUGGAAAGUCAGGUACUCACACAACCGCAACAUCCACUAGCAUCAUGGAUGGAUUUGGAAACGUAACCGAUUUAAUGAUGGAAUCGACUACAUUUUACAGGAGUCAGAGAGAUGAAGAGAGUCAGACAUUGCCAGUACCUUUGUGUACGUUGCAAAAGGUAAAUAAAACCGCUAUUUUGGUAAGAGCGGACGUGUUUUUGGAAGAUUUAGUUAUCCUUCGCCAUACAUGUAUGGCAAUCGAAAGGAUUAAGGAUAAAGCCGCUAGACUUUUCUACGAGGUUGUCCAUGCAAGUGUGCGAAACCCUGAAGCGACUCUGCAGCCAACAAUAAACCACUGGCUUACAAUUUUCGACAAAAUCGGAACUAUGACUUGGGGAGAUGCUGAGAAGAGGAAUGCCGUGAUGCCGCGUUAUACAAGAAAAAUGAUUCUGAAAGCAGACGACACGCUUACAAUAGGUGAAGGAACCAUGUCUGCACAUUUACAAGUCGCAGACCAUUAUCGGGUCGUUUGUAUGCAUAGAGUUUGGCGACGGGCCCUUUAA